CUGAGAGGAAAAGCCUUUUAUUUUGUCAAUGGCAAGGUGUUCUGUGAAGAAGAUUUCCUGUAUUCUGGUUUCCAGCAGUCAGCUGACAGGUGUUUCAUUUGUGGUCACUUGAUAAUGGACAUGAUCCUGCAGGCUCUAGGGAAAUCAUAUCAUCCAGGCUGUUUCCGAUGCGUGGUCUGCAACGAGUGUCUGGAUGGUGUGCCAUUCACUGUAGACUCUGAAAACAAGAUCUACUGUGUUAGAGAUUACCACAAAGUUUUAGCUCCGAAGUGUGCAGCAUGUGGGCUUCCCAUUCUACCCUCCGAGGGUUCUGAUGAGACCAUUCGGGUUGUGUCCAUGGACAAGGAUUACCACGUGGAAUGUUAUCACUGCGAGGACUGUGGGAUGGAACUGAACGACGAAGACGGACAUCGCUGCUACCCACUAGAUGAACAUUUGCUUUGCCACUCCUGUCAUCUGAAACACAUAGAGAACGGCACUACCCCAGCAGCUGUGUACCAGCACCACUACUAGCCAGCCUGGCCAACGUGGGAAAGCCCAGACAGAAGACCUGUUACAUGAUCUCCCUCUCCCCACCCUCAUCUGAUUUCCUGUGCAUGUUUUUCGCCAGUCGGCAGUGUUCCUGUAAAAGGAUAUGAGAGAUUUGUGCUGGAUUCCCAGAGUCUGUAUGAUUGUGAGUUCCAGCUGUAUCAAACCAUGCCUACUUGACCAAGAAUGUGGCAUGUUAUCUAAACUGAUCAGUUUACUUUUACGUGCCUUUUUCUGCUCUCUGGAGAUUCCUCUUGCUCAUUUUGGAAGAUUCUUCAGUGAAAGCACAACUUGCUGUCGUGCCUAUGGACUCAGAUCAUGCCAUGCACAAUUAAAAAGCCAGAGGCUGGCUUGCCUGCCUGCCUGCUGGGGACAUCCCGUCAGUCUAAGUGUUUCCUGACAAGCACAUUUCAUCAGAUUCCCUGAAGGACAUCAGUCUAUUAAUACCAGCUUUUAGACACUCUCUCUCUCUUUUUAUUAAUUCUUUAAGAAAAGAAA